AUGACUUCAGCAUCAUCGAGUAGUGCUCGAUCAUUGUUCGCCGAAUCAAAACAAAGAUUAGCUGAAAGAGUUCAAGUGAACAUGAAUAAUAUUUCAUCUUUGGCUCGACAAAUACAAAGAGGAUCUAAAUCUAACGAGCUCCUAACUAAGGCAGCAAGAGAUAUAGCAUCUACAGAGAAUCAAAUGGAGAAUAGCGAAGAAAACUUGAAGAAAAUGCAAUUAAUUUCAGUACACAUUGGUUAUCAGUUUGAGAAUAUACAGAAGUCUGCACAAUUGCUUACUGAGAUAAGUGAACAGGUUACGAAUAUGCAGAGGUGA